UUCGUGGAGCGUUUGCAGAAACGCAGACGUCUCAUUCAGCACCAGCACCAGUAUAAACUGCUUCGCAGUAUCCCUCCGACGUCCAAUGUCGUCGAGCGGUUCUUCAGUGUUGCCCGCAUCACGCUUGGGCACGAGCGCAACGGACUGCACCCGAUUACGCUGGAACAAAUUUUGUUCCUGCGUCAGAACGCGAGCUAUUGGAACGUAGGUACUGUAGAUGGUCUG